UUCCGGUCUUUAACGUGUAAACACCACUGUGAUUUAGUCCGAAACAAAACGCCUAUUUUAAAAUAUUUAAACGUGCACUUUGAUACCAUCACUGCUAAGAACAACAACAACACAGCUCCGGAAGACGUACAACAAAUAACUUUCAGAUAUUAACCAAGAUUUACCAAGAAAAGUGAAGCGGAAAGUUUACUUCAUAAAUUGAGGUUAGAAUAUAACUUGUCAUUUAACUCGAACGUCAAUUUGAAUUUGAAGUUUAACAUAUCUGUCAUCGGACACGUCAGUUUGUUACGUUGGUAUCGACGCCAGUGUUGUCAGAACAAAAAAUAUUUUUACCUACAAUAUUUUUACGUUCCUUUUCACGAAACUGUACGCAGCAAUAUGGAAGAACAAUUUCAAAUGCUGUUCGAUAAAAUGAAAUUAGAAAUGCAGAAACAGACGGCUGACUUAAAAGAAUCUCUUACGCAAAACUAUAGGGAUUAUAUGGAUGAAAAACUUAAUCCAGUCAUUGAAGAAAACCAACAAUUGAAACAAAAAAUGACCAAUCUAGAGAAAGAGAUAGAAUACUUGAAAAGAGACAAGAAAAGUAACAACAUAAUUAUUUUUGGGUUGGAUGAGACAGAAAAGUCAACAACGGAGUUAUUUAAGAGUGUCCAGGAGACCUUUCAAGGGGACUUGAAUAUAAAUAAAGAAGAAAAUGAAGUGAACAAACUGUACCGCUUAGGAAAAAAUAAAGUCGAGAACAAACCAAGGCCAGUGCUGUGUUCUUUUACAAACGGAUGGAAAAAAGGCGAAAUUAUGAAAUGUAAAAGGAGUUUUAAGAAAAUCCAUGUAUCAGAGGAUUACUCGAAGGAAGUUCUAGAGAAAAGGAAAGCUUUGCAACCACAACUGCUAGAAGAGAGGAAAAAGGGAAAUACAGCUUUUUUAAAAUACGAUAGGCUAAUAGUCAAGGAACCCACUACUGAUAAAAGGAAGAGGGAAGCAACUACUUCACCACAGUCACCAUCUAAAACACACCCCCGAAAACAACAAAUGUUAAGCUCUAUUAAAACUAAUAGAAAAAAUGCCUUCGAUGUACUGAGACCUCGAUCAAACUCUUUGACCAACAACAUACACAAAAAUCAAUAGCAAUCAACAAAUGGGAAACGGGAAAACCGAACAAUCUGCACAAACCAACAAUCAGAAAAAAUACAAUCUCCCCCAAGCCGACUGGUCCUCGUGGGGGAAAAAGACCACAACCCUCCAACAAAACAGUUCAAGAAGCAGAAAGAAACAAGAAUGUAUAUUGCAGCCCUUAAUGUACUCACUUUAAAAAAUGAAGAAAAUCUUACCGAAUUAAUGUAUGCCUUGGAAAAAAUUAAAUGGGACAUCGUCGGUUUAAGCGAAGUAAGACGAAUGGGUGAAAGAAUUGUCACAUAUCCAGAAUUUAUACUUUACCAUUUAGGGACAACUCCAGGGCAUCAUGGGGUUGGCUUUAUUGUUAAGAAACACCUUGCGAAUUAUAUAGAAGGAUUUAUUGGAACAUCAGAGCGCAUAGCAUUGAUGAAUUUGAAGAUACCAGGGUACAAAGAUCCGUGGUCUGUAAUACAAAUAUAUUCGCCUACAGAACAGUCUGAUUUGGAAACCAUAGACAAAUUCUACCUCGACCUACAUAGAACUAUUCAAAAUUAUGCCCAUAAAAACCUAAUAGUAAUGGGUGACUUUAAUGGUCAAAUUGGAGCAAGACGCCCCGGAGAAAACACAAUAAUUGGACCGUACACGUAUAGUAGCAAAACCAGAAGUAGGAAUGGGGAAAAAAUCACAAAUUUUGCGCUGGAGAAUAAUCUAAUCAUUUUAAAUUCUAAAUACAAGAAAAACAAGAAAAAAAUGUGGACCUGGACUUCGCCAGACGGCAAAAUAAAAAAUGAAAUUGAUUUCUUUAUGACUAACAGGAACAACUACUUCAUCGACUUCAACGUCAUCAGCCAAAUCAACUUCAAUACAAAUCAUAGACUAAUCAGAGCCGAACUAAAAACAAUCCAACCAAGAAAACCAAGACCUAGACAAGGACCAAGAAACAGUAAACUUAGCAAACUUCAAAUGGACCAACUAGCAAGGACUCUCAGAGACAAAUUUACAGAUUUCAAGGAAAGCACAAUGCACCUAGGAACACAGGAUAAAUACAACUGGAUAGAGAAUACCAUUAAAGCUGCAACACAUCACGCUACAAAUACAAGAGUUGAACCGAGAAAAUGGCUUACAUCUACCUCUUUAAAAUUACUAGAACAAAGAAACCAUUUAAUCAACACAAAAAGUGAAAAGGACAGAAAAAGACGUUUAGCAGAAAUCAGUAGAAAUAUUAAAGAAAGUAUAAGAGCGGAUAGGAAAAGAAAUAGAAUGGAAACUAUUGAAAAGUACAUAAUGAAAACAGGUGGUGUCAAAAAAGCCUAUAAAGAAUUAAUCAACUCAAAGGACUGGAUCGUUAAAAUGAAAAGAGGAUGUGGAAAAUGGAAUCAUCACAGAGCAGAUAUUUUAGGGAUUGCUACAUCUUACUACAAAAAAAUAUAUGAAUGCAACAUCUCACAGGACGAAAGUGAUCUAACAGAGACCUCAGACAUCCCUAACAUUCUUUACGAUGAAGUAGAAAAAGCCAUCAUUAGUCAAAGGAGGGACAAAGCACCAGGGCCUGAUGGUAUUACUAACGAAAUUCUAAUAGAAAACAAGGACUGCAUGACACCUAUCCUUACAGAAAUGUUUAAUGAGAUCAUGAUCACCGAAACUAUUCCACAGCAAUGGACAGUGUCUAACAUCAUCCUUUUGUACAAGAAAGGGGACAAACUUGAAAUCGCAAAUUACCGCCCUAUUAGCCUUAUGUCCAACAUAUAUAAGAUAUUCGCUAAGAUUUUAUUAAAGCGAAUUGAAAAAACAUUAGACGAACAACAACCCAUUGAACAGGCGGGUUUUCGUAAAGACUAUUCGGUGAUCGACCAUAUACACGUAGUACGCCAAGUCUUAGAAAAGUAUGAUGAAUAUCAGCGUACAUACUACAUUGCAUUCGUCGAUUACAGCAAAGCAUUCGAUUCCUUGUUUCAUGCAAACAUAUGGGAGACCCUAAAGCAACAAGGAAUUGAACAUAAAUAUAUUCGUUUAAUAAAAAAUGUAUAUAAUCAAAGUACUGCGAAAAUACAACUGGAAAAAAAGGCGAACAGAUAAGAGUAGAAAAAGGUGUCAGACAAGGUGACCCUCUUUCUCCAAAACUAUUCUCCGCUGUACUAGAAUCGAUAUUUAGACGUCUCCAUUGGGAAAAUUUAGGAAUUAAUAUCAACGGUACCUCACUAACGCAUCUGAGAUUUGCAGACGAUGUAGUGUUAUUUGCUAAUACAUCAGAAGACAUAACAAGAAUGAUUACCGAACUGGCAAAUGAAAGUGAGAAAGUAGGGUUGAAUUUGAAUCCAGAGAAAACAAGAGUAGUAACUAAUGGAGAGAAAACCACUAUAAUCUCAGGGAAAACGGAAAUCGAUUACACAGAUGAAUACAUAUACCUAGGACAGCUAAUGACCCAAAAAGAUUCUGUAGGCAAAGAAGUAGAAAGAAGAAUAACCAACGGCUGGAAGAGAUACUGGAAUUUUAAGGAAAUCAUGAAAGAUAGAACGCUUCAUAUAAACAUGAAAAGUAAACUUUUUGAUACAUGUGUACUACCUGUCCUUAUGUAUGGCAGCCAAACUUGGGCGUUAACAAAACAUACACUAAGCAAACUCGCGACCUGCCAACAUGCAAUGGAAAGGAGCAUGUUAAAUAUAAAAAAGUCAGACAGAGUGAAAAAAUCUGUCAUAAGAAACAAAACCAAAACCAUAGAUAUAACAAACAAAAUCAAAAGGCUCAAAUGGCGGUGGGCAGGGCACACAAUAAGAGGAAAAGACAAAUGGAGCAAAUUUGUGACACAAUGGUACCCCAGAGAAGGAAAAAGAAGAAGAGGUAGACCACAAAAAAGAUGGGACGACGACAUCAGACAAGUAGCAGGCGUGACGUGGAAUAGAGUGGCUGAAGAUAGACAGGAAUGGAAGAGGUUGGAGGAGGCCUUUGCCGAUUGGCAAACAGAUUUCCAAAAAAUAACCAAGAAACAGCUACUACACUCAUAAAUCUUUCGUUUAUGUUUUUAGUUUGUAAAAAUUAAUAAUCUGAAUAAAAGGCUAUUAUUAUUA